AUGGUGGACAAACAACUCGAGGCCAGGAAGCAGAGGCUGGCCUAGCUGCGGGCCAAGCACGAGGAUCCCGGUGAUGCAGCCCAACCGGAAACAAAGCGAAGGGAAGCAGAAACGAGAAAGAGUAUCUUAGCCCAAGUUCUAGAUCCGUCAGCCCGGGCCAGCUUAAGUAACUUAGCACUUGUAAAGCCUGAGAAAACUAAAGCAGUAGAGAACUACCUCACACAGAUGGCACGAUAUGGGCAGGGGAGAGGGAAAGUGUCAGAACAGGUGUUAGCAGAGACAUUUGAGAAAGCCAGCCAGCAGACAGAGAAGACAACAGUUAAAUUCAACAGAGGAAAAACAAUGGACUCUGAUGAAGAUAAAGAUUACUAA